AUGAUGGCGGCAGCAAGUGUAUGUUGCUCAAAUAUAUUUGAUGCCGCCACAGAAGGACACGUUCAAUGUAUCAGACAUGCGAGUCAAAUGCAAACUGAUGUAAACACGAGAGAUGAAAACUACAAAACAAGCCUAAUCAUCGCGUGUGCAAAGGGCCAUAAGGAUUGUAUCGAAUUACUUAUUGAAAAAGGAGCUGACAUCAAUGCAAAAGACAAAGAUGGUUGGAAUGCUCUCAUUAGCGCAGCGUCCAAGGGGCAUCGGGAUUGCGUAGAAAUCCUUCUAAAACAUUCUGUUUUAGACUUGAAUGCUACUCAGAAUGAUAAAUGGAGUGCUAUUCUAUUAGCAGGAUGUAUGGGUGAAGCAGAAUGCAUGGAGCUCAUCCUUAAAUCAGGCGGUGAUCCUAAUAAAACCGAUAGUGAUGGUGCUACUGCCUUGAUUUGUGCUGCUAAUGAAGGACACUUGGAAUGUGUUGAAAUUCUCUUACGAUACAACGCAGAUGCGAGUAUCAAGGAUAGGGCUAAUAAAACAGCAAUGGAUUAUGCCAAGGACAAGGGAAACAAGGAGUGUAUAGAGUUAUUGGGAUUAAUGAAAAUGAACACGUUUUCACUAAGGCUAAUAUCCAUAUGUUGGAUUUUAAAUACACACUUUGUAACAAAUUCGACUGGGGCUAGCAGUGAGGAAGACUAUGGCUCUACAGCGAACUCUGGAACCGAUGCGGAUGGAACCAAAAAUGAAGAGAAUAGCGGCAAAGGAUUUCUGUAUGGUGAUAUUGAGAUUUCAAGACAUACGUUUCGUAAUGCAAUGCUCAACAAAGAUGCAAGGUGGCCAAAUGGAUUUGUUCCAUAUUCAAUUGUAGACGUCUAUCCAACAUGGGCGGUUGAGAUUUUUAAAUCGGCCAUGAAGGAAAUAGAAGCAAACACUAGCUUUAAUGGUCAAAGGUGCAUCACAUUCAAGGAAAGAACAUUCGAGGAAAACUAUGUAGAAAUUGCUCCUAUUGGCGGAUGUUACUCUAGAGUCGGUGUAUCUGGUGGGAAACAACCUAUAUCAUUAGGAGCUGGGUGUGAAAGAAAGGGUACAGUCAUACAUGAAUUGCUACAUACGCUUGGGUUCUGGCAUGAGCAGAGUAGAGCAGAUAGAGAUAUGUACAUCAAAGUCAACUGGACUAAUAUAAAAGAAGGAUCUGCGGGGAAUUUCAACAAAUUCGACGAUACGUCCAUAGAUCACCAGGAUAUGCCAUACGAUUAUGACAGUAUUAUGCACUACAGCGCAUUUUCAUUCGCCAAGGAUUACAGGUGGCCAACUAUUGUACCACUUAUAGGGAAACCAUACAUUGGUCAAAGGCUUCAACUAAGCGACAUUGACAUCAAUGAAAUUAGAAAACUCUAUAAUUGCCAAGGCGUCGUAUCAGUUGAUUUCACCACACCAAUGGUAACAACACUUAAACCAACCACUCCCCCACAACCAAUUGGUACAGAUCUCCCUUUGUAUUGGGAGUGCACAUUUGAUGAGGGCAGGUGUGGAUUAGAGAAUGUGGAAAAUUCCUUAGAAUGGAUUCUCCAAAAGGGACCAACUGCUAGUAGUAAAACAGGACCUGGAAGUGACCACACAUCGAGCACUGGAAACUAUAUUUUCACAGAAGCUUCAAAUCAAUAUCAAAAGAAGUACAAGAUAGUAAAAACUAAACUACCGAAAUCAAACAUGUGUGUUGACUUUUGGUACCACAUGUAUUCUGAGAAUGAGGAGGAAUCAGAUCAUCACGUUGGAUACUUAAGAUUCUAUGCACAAUCAGGAAAUACUGAACCAACACAGUUGCUUGCAUGGGAAAGGACAAGAUCUCAAGGAAACAAAUGGUUGAAUGGGAGAUUCACGGUUCGAAAGUCGGAUAUAUCAAGCAAAAAAUGGAAGUUGCUUGUAGAGGGAGAAAUCUUGAACAAUUACAAAAGUGACAUUGCUGUAGAUGACUUAAAGAUAUAUAAGGGCAGGUGCCCAUAAAUGGAAAAGUGCCAAUAUAAGGGCAAUUGCACAUAAACUGACAAGUACCCAUAUAUGGGCAAGUGUAAAACAUGUAAAUAAUCAUAAUGUCGCCAUCGUUUUAUUCAUUUUGGAAGAAUCGCAUCCGUACUUUUUUACAGUUCGUGUCUUAAACUAGGGAACAAAAAAUGCAUAACUACUCCGUUGGACACAGUGUGCACGUCUUAGCGCUUAAACAUUAGGUACCUAUAUGUCUAAAGCAAUGUUAUCAGAAGUGCAGUAUAUACAGAAAAGCCAAAAGUGUAUUAAUUUUAUCUUAUUAUGUCAAUUUUUGCGAAC